AUGGACGCAGUGGAUAACAUCACGCUCUACUCUGAAAACCGAUUCUCCAGAGAGCAGAUCUACGUGAAGUUGAAAGAUGUGAACAACUUGCAUCGAUUGUUCCCGGACAAGCUCUCUAACCUGCACGGGUACCACAUGCGUGUUGGUGUAAAGCAAAAUGACUAUCCUUACAACAUGAUAUGGGAUGAAGUCACGCAGACAUGUUUCCUUACAGAUCGUUCAGGAAUAGUGAAAUUUCUUGAUGAUCAAGGUAUAGUAAACUAUGCCAUCAUACCUGUACCCUCGAGCGCGUCGGACCGAGUCAAUGACAUCACUCUCUACACCGAAAACCGAUUCUCUAAGGAACAGAUCUACGUACCGUUGGGAGAUCUAAACAACUUGCAUCGACUGUUCCCGAACAAACUAACCGACUUGUACGGCUUUCACAUUCGCAUAGGUGUUAAAGGAAAUGAUUACCCUUACAUGCAUAUUUAUAAAGAUCCGGAAGAGUUUCGUGGCCUUUUAAACAUAAUGUUCCGCGAUAUUGGACUACAGAUUUUAAACCUGUCCUACUCGAUAUUUCAUCAAACCAAUGAUCGCUACGAUGCUGACGUGUAUUAUGACAUAGCCUUUCAGCGUGAACAUUUCCAGCACGAGUUUGCAUUCCGUGACAUGGGUGGCAUGUGUAUAUCUUGUCCAGAGAAUUAUCUCAGAAAUUUCUUUCCCCAUCUGCUGAAACCAUUCUCUAUCGGAGCAUGGCUUUUCCUGGGAGGAGUGUUUGUAGUUUGUUGUCUGCUACGUUUUUUCUUUCCUACCAUGUUUCGACACGAUCUGAUCCUGCAAACGUUCUUUGGUGUGGUUGGCAACGAGUACAACCAGACUUAUCCUGCUCGAGCAAUCCUUUUAGCUCUUUCUUGCCUAUCGUUCUUCUUUGCCAGGGCGUACUGUGCCAAAAUCCUGGCACUUGUGUCACUGGGCAAAUUCUACAGUCGACCAGAAACGGUUGAAGACUUCAUGCAGACACCCUACUAUAUGCUGGCAGUACACAAAGAAACGCUUGUAAAGUUUAAUCUGGAUGACUUCCAUUCAAAAAUUCUUACACCAGAAGUAUUUGAGCGGGAAAGGAGAAAGCGUGGUGUAGCGUACCACCUGGCAUACUGCUCUCUGCAGCGUUGCGGCGAAGCACUGCUGCUCUCAUCGCCGUUGCACCAAAUCUUCCGCCAUCCAUUUUUUACCAUCAGGGAAAUGGCUGUUCCGAAUCCGCACAGGUUACAGUUUGCCAAAAACUCACCGAUCGUUACGGUGAUGAAUCGUUACCUUGGAUUAUUUUAUGAAAGAGGCUUGUGGACAUACUAUUUUAAUGACUAUUUGCGCAUUUUGGAUCAGAUACCACAGCCAAAAAAUGAAUUUAAGCAAACGGUAUUUUAUUUCUAUGAUUUGAAAACCUUAUGGAUGUUUUUGUUAGGUGGCUGGGCGAUCAGUGCCGUUCUAUUCCUAAUGGAGCUGUUGAGCAAGAAACGUCGUAUGGUAUCAUGA